UCCAAAUCCAAAACACAACACCUGCGACGUCUUCCUGCGGCGAGGCCCGGUCCCGGUCCCGGUUCGCCUCCUUCCCGCAGCGAGAUGUUCCGAGCUCCCGGCGGCUGCACGCGAACAACGCCGCCGCCGAUACCGGUCCGGGGACACAGCGAUGCUUUUCAAACGGAGAGCCAGGAUGCUGCGAGCGCUGGCGUGCGGCCGGCUGGGCCCGCUUUGGAUGUGGAAAGCGCUGCUGCUCUGCGUGGCCGUCGCCUUCGCCGGACAGCUGCUGGGAAUCUUCCUCAGCAAGAGCAGCGUCCACCCGGCCGCCGCCUCCAUCUUCUCGUCCCCUGAGGGCCGGGGGCCGUCUCUGGGCCCCUGCCGCCCGCACACCCACGUCAUGUUCCUCAAGACGCACAAGACUGCCAGCAGCACGGUGCUCAACAUGCUGUACCGCUUCGGGGAGGACCACGGCCUGCGCUUCGCCCUGCCGCCGGGCUACCAGCUGGGCUACCCGCUGCCCUUCAGCGCCCACCGUGUCAAGGGCUACCGGGGCCCCCGCGUGGUGGAGUUCCACGUCAUGGGCAAUCAGAGAUUUCAGAAAGCCGAGGUGGAGAAGGUGAUGCCCGCAGACACAUUCUACUUCUCCAUCGUCAGGGACCCCGCGGCUCUCGCCGAGUCGUCCUUCGCGUACUACAAAGAGGUGGCGCCCGCCUUCCGGAAAGCCAAAAGCUUGGGCGACUUUGCGGAUGACCCCAGCAAGUACUACGACCCCCGCGCCCGCAACAACCACUACGCCCGCAACUUGCUGUGGUUCGACUUCGGCAUGGACCACAACGCCAACUUCUCUGCGGCUCUGGCGCACCGUGGCGAGGUCUUCGUACGCCAGACCUUCAAGUUGGUGCUGUUGUCAGAGUUCUUCGACCAGUCCAUGAUCCUCCUGCGCCACGCCCUGUGUUGGCCUCUGGACUCUGUUGUGUCGUUCAGCCUCAACGCACGGCAGCGCAAGCUGGACGGCAUCAGCGGCGCCGCUCCAAGCGAUGGGCGGGCCGGCAGCAAUCGGGGCGGACGCUCCCCGCCCAAUCUGAUCCUCACUGAGGAGCAGCGGGAGAAGCUGCGCCGGUGGAACGCCUUGGACUGGCACUUGUAUCGAGCCUUCAACCGGACCUUCUGGGAGGAAGCGGAGGCGUUCGGCAAAGAGCGAAUGGAGCGGGAAGUGGCGCUCUUGCGGAGUCGGCGUGAGGCCCUGGCCGGGGCCUGCCUGCGCAACAGCGGCGAGCCCGUAGAGGCCCACCGCAUCCGAGACAAAGCAAUCAGGCCCUUCCAGAGCGGCCCGGCCAAGAUUCUGGGCUACGAACUGCAGCCGGGCCUGGACAACGGCACCGCGGCGGCAUGCCUGAGGCUGAUCCGCCCCGAGAUCCAGUACAAAGACGCGCUGGACGCCAAGCAGUUCCCACGGCCGCAGUCGGCUCGAGCCCCGCCGCAGCCGCAGAGCCCCGGGCUGGCCUCUGACGGCUCGUUUUUCAAACAAGACCCGUCCGGGCCACGGGAGAAGGGACGCCGCCCCGGGGGCAGGACCGGGGAAGAGGGGCCACGGGACCACGACGGCGGUCAGUCAAUGAGCUGGAACCGCAAUGAUUCCGCAGGGAGGACGAGGAAGCGGGAAGCCGUUUGAGCGGAACCCGCUCGGACAAAAAACCUCCCGUUGCACGUCCGUCUUCGGACUUUCGCUUCAAGCCGGAUGCCGGUUGCCGACGUUCGAAAAUGAAAACGACCGACGCGCGAGCGCAGUCUGGGCGCACGAGAAAAUAAACCUCAAAUAGGGCCAAACAAAGUCCUAAAAUUACAACCAGAAAGUUGCAAUGUUGCCAGAAAAAAGAAGAAAAGUUUGCAGAUACGGUCAAAGUCCAACAUGAAGAAAAGUGACCAGGAAAGGGAAUUAAAUUACAGUAUUUAUGCAAACAAGGAAAAGAUUCAUGUUAUGAUGUCGUGUUAUGAGAAGAAUAUUAAGUUUUGAGACAAUGAGGAUGUAGGAUUGUGAGGACAAAAAGCCAAAAGUUACACGAAUUAGGUCACCAGAUCCUAACGUUACCGAAAUCAAAUGUGGCUGUCAAAUUUCAAAACGUGCUUGAGGCAGGCUUUGGCGGUCGUCGUUGAGGCAAAAACCGUUGGCCGAUGCCAUGGAGAAAGACUUCGAGGAAAUUCUGGUCCAUUGUCCGCCGUCUCGGGGGGUGCUGCUGACUUUGACUCAGAACAUUGCGAGUCGGUUGGGAGAAUAGUUCAAUUAAAAAGCCCCGGCCGGGGGUGGAUGAGAUUCACCCAGACUUCGGGGACAGUCCAAUUACGGGAGGGGGGGGAUCACGCUCCUCAGCUUCCCCGGUAAGGUCUGCUGGAGAGGAGGGUCCGCCGGCAAGUCCGAUCCCCGAUUCAGGGGAAGCCGUGUGCUUUUCGUCCAGGCCGCGGAACAGCGGGACCAGGUCUACAACCUCGGCAGGCGUCCGAUCCGGAUGCCUCUCAGACGCGCCCCCCCUCCCCCCGGUGGAGACCCCCUGGGACGAAGGAGGACACGCCGCAGGGAUUCAGUCUCUCGGGUGGCCUGGGAACACUUCGGGAUCGGCCCCGGAAGAGUUGGAUGAAGUGGCUGGGGACGGGGGAGCCCGGCAGUCCCCGAUAAACCUACUGGCCCGGCCCCCCCACCGCCACCCCACCCGACCGACCCAGAUGGACGGAUAAAAUCAUAGUAUUAUAAGAAAAGAUGGUAUUCCAGGAAUAACGUCGUCAUGGCGCAAGAAAAAGACAUUUUUCUCACGAAAGUCCAUCUUUUUCUCGUAAUAUUUGAUGUUUUUUUUUCUUUUCAGUGUGGGGCAGUCCUCUUUUGGAUUCACUUGCAUUCCCGGUCCUGACUUGGGAGUAUGAAAAGUGAAAAGGAACUUGCACAAUGAAGAAAUAUUAGCUGCGGCUUUCAUCUGCAACUUUUACACAUUCGACCCGUUUCUUCAUCAGAUGACGAGAUUACAUUUUGGUUCACUUUCCGUGUCAAGUGCUGCACAUCGACGAACGCAAGCAGCCUUUUUCAUGAUUUCAAUCGAUAUUAUUUCAUCGAUGUUUAUUCAUUUGCAUUUGUUUGAUACAAAUGAAGGCCUUCUCGCUAAUAAUAAUAAUAAUAAUAAUAUUAAUCGUACUCUGCCCCCACUGUCGGAGGAGUACUUGGCCGCCGGAGAUGCCAAAUCAUGUGACGGUCAUCUUUUUUUUUGUUUUUGUUUUUUCAGAGCCCAACAAUGCGUCCAUUCAUAAUUUGUCAGCGGACUCGACAAUGACCUUGGUGUUCACGUCCGUGAAAUAAAGACGUCACAACAACAGAGUGCCGGGCUAACUUUUUCAGUUCUACUACAUCAAGAAAAACGCAACAAACGUGGAUUUCACUUCCACGUACGCGGCUCCAGGUGUCACUCACUAGGCCACGCCUCUUCAAGGCGCACCCAGUACACCAAUGACGUACCUUACAAAGCCAUUUUAUUUAUUUUCAUCUUCUUAUUUUGAUUUUUUUUUUUUUUUCCCCAUAUAGUACAGUGGUAUUAAAUUAUGCUGAAAGUGUGGUACAAAAAGUCUAAAAUUGUGAAAAAUAGUUGACAAAUGAAGUGGUAAAAUUACAGUGAAUUACUUGCAACGUCAGGAGAAAAAAAAGUAUCGAGUACAACUGUACUGGUCGAAGUAGUCACAUAGGUGUAAUAUCAUCCAAAAAUAUUCCAGAUGAGAAACAUGAAUUGCAUUACAACAAUGAAGUCAUUAUAUUCCAAGAAAAGAAAUUGCUGCAAUAAAAUUGAAUACAAAUUCUAUUUAAAAACUUGUCCUAUUGUUACAGUAGUGCCUCAAUCUAUUUUUUUUGCAGUAUUUCAUAUAUUGUAUUGAAAAAAAGAAAAACAUUUUGAUGAUUUGCAAUUUGGGUGCGUAGCUGCCAGUUUUGAGCAAUCAGCUCGUGGAGAUGCAGAAGGUUCUGAGACGAUCGAUUUGAUUCAAACGCCAUCCAAAUCAUCAAUUAACCACUGUUUAUUUUAUUUAUAUUUUUUUAAAAAUAUCAGCAAAUGGUUGACAGCUGGGAAGUAGGUGCAAACAAUUUUGGUUUGUUUGUCUGCCGUGCAACAUUUAGCAAAACUCAUGUUGACCAAUGCAUGUCACACGAUGGGACCGCUUAAGGUAAGUCCCACCUUCUGCCACAGAAAAUAUUACAUUAAUAUCAAUACAAUUAUAAAUGUAUUCUUCCACCCCCCCCCCACGCACACACACACACACACGCACACAAAAGAGUUUUGACAAAAAUAUAUAUAUAUAUAUCUACAUUCUGCCCCCGGCACCCAUAACCUGCAGGGCAUUGCUGGAAAUUCAGCUACUGCUGGUUGAAGAAAAAGAAGAGGAAUGCGCAGAGCCUACAAGUGAGUGGAGGGACUUUGACUUGAAAGUCAAGAUUUUGCUUCUCCAGCUUUAUUUUGGGUGGGUUACAAUUGCAUAUUUGUAAUCAUACCGAUAUUGUAAAAUUCCCCUUUCACCUCCCUCCAAAUAAUAUUCCAUCUUUAUUUUCAUACUUAAACCCUGGUCAUAAAAUUACAACUGUCAAAAAAAAAAUGCUCAAAUUAUGAUUUAAGUGUCAAAAUAAAUGUCAUUAUUUUGGAUGUGAUUUUCAUUGCUUGGAGUUGUUUUGAAACCCGAAAUCAAGGCCGAGUCGCAUACUUGGUUGGAUUUUUGACAACAACAGAAAAAUUCCUCAGGAAAAUGACUAUUAUUUUUGUAAUAUUACAUCUUAUUUUCCAAUAAAAAACAAAUUGAGGUGAAAUUUUUUUUCUCUCUCUGAUAGUUUCAUCUGGGGGUGGGGGGUUACACAUCAUUUUGAAACGUAUAUUUAAUGCAAAAAAUAAGACACGUUUCCCUGCUGUGGGGACCCGCAAACAAUGCAUUUUUGUUGUCUAUUUAAAGAGUUAAUUUGAGUUUCCGUCGUUUUUUUUUUU